AUAAAUCUCUUUUUCAGUCCUGAUGACCUGUCGGAAGUGUUGGCGGCUGGAACCAAGGAGUCUCACGACAAAGCAGAGAACUCGCCCUUUGUCAAGGACUUCCUGAGGGGCCGAAUCAAACGAGAACUUUUUAAGCUUGGCACAGCUGCCCUGUACUACGUUUAUUCUGCCAUUGAGGAAGAGAUCGAGAAGAACAAGGACCACCCCAUGUUUGCCCCACUAUAUUUCCCCUCUGAGCUUUACCGGAGAGACGCCUUGGCCAAAGACCUGGAGUAUCUCUACGGUGAAGACUGGGAGAGCAAGAUCUCCUGCUCAGCAGCCACACGGCCCUACGUGGACCGCAUUCAUGAGGUGGGACGAGACGAUCCGGUUCUUUUGGUCGCACACGCUUGGACCCGCUACAUGGGUGACCUGUCAGGAGGGCAGAUUCUGAAGAAAGUGGCUCAGCGGGCUCUAAAACUGCCCCCUACUGGUGAGGGAGUGAACUUCUACCAUUUUGAAGGCAUCCACAACCCCACGGCUUUCAAGAGGCUGUACCGCAGUCGGAUGAAUGAGCUGGAGGUGGAUGCAGAGACCAAAAAGAAGCUGCUAGACGAAGCCAACCUGGCAUUUCAAUAUAAUCUGGAUGUAUUCACAGAGUUGCAGGAGAUUGGGAAAGAUAUAAAAGAGGAAGUGCAGGACAUUGGCUUUCAUGCACAUGGGGAUAUGGGUGGAGACAGCAGUAAAUGCCCCUACUAUGCAGCCAAGAUGGCGGUGAGUGGAAACACGACUUAUGCAUGUAAUUUUGCCAAGAUGCUGCUUCGACAGUCCACAGUACAGGUGAUUCUGGCCACAUGGGUCGCUGCUGUCGCUGGAUUGGCUGCUUGGUACCUCAUGUGAUCACCUUUUCCUGAGUCAGCCAAUCAGAAAUGAAAAUAGCAACAGCUGGGCUUCAAAGUGGAAAUCUUUCACUCACUGGGCCACUUUGUGAAAAUAUUGCUGCCGAUCAUAUAAAUAUGUAAAGUCACUGACUGGAUUUUAAUCCAUGCCACGUAUCUGUAUUAAAUACAAUGCUUUUAAAGGAGAUGUGACAUUCUUUAUCCUGUUUUCAAUCUCAGUCGAGAGUGUAAGCACACAUGCUAGAAGACAUUGGAGCUGCUUAAAAUAAAACUAU